UUUAAAAACUUGUCCGGAGACGUGGAGAGCAAGAUGAGAACCCCGCAGCCGGGAACAAUGAACCACACUUCUCUGAAGACCUUUGGACGCCAACACAGUGUUUCCUCACCUUUGGAACGUGUGCCCUCUGUGUCCCGGCCUGGGAAGGCCCCUCUCGGUACUCCCAAAACCCCAGUCCUUGAAGACUUUCCUCAGAAUGACGAUGAAAAGGAGCGUAUGCAGCGGAGGCGCUCCAGGGUUUUUGACCUGCAGUUCAGUGCGGACUCCACUCAUCUGCUGUCCUCCCCUAACAGGAAUAUUGAUGUUUCAACUACCAUAUCUAAGUUUACAAACACACAGAUUACAGAACAUUACUCUACCUGUAUCAAGCUUUCUACUGAAAAUAAAAUCACUACUAAGAAUGCUUUUGGCUUACAUUUGAUUGAUUUCAUGUCAGAGAUUCUGAAGCAGAAGGACACAGAACCAACCAACUUUAAAGUGGCUGCUGGCACCUUAGAUGCAAGCACCAAGAUCUACGCUGUGCGUGUGGACGCUGUCCAUGCUGAUGUCUACAGAGUCCUUGGGGGGCUGGGCAAAGAUACACCACCCCAAGAAGAAGAGAGCCACGGUGCAGAUGCCAGUGCGUCUGAAACAGGAACAACCAGAAAGGCUGCAAAGCCAAAGAAGAAGACGGCCUGUAAAACCAUCGAGCAGAAUCUGAGCAACAUCAACGUCUCUGAAGCAGACAGGAAGUGUGCGGUGGACCCUAUGUUUCAGAAGACUGCGGCCUCAUUUGAUGAGUGCAGCACAGCUGGGGUGUUUCUCUCCACUCUGCACUGCCAGGAUUACAGAAGCGAGUUGCUUUUUCCUUCCGACAUGCAGACUCUCUCCUCUGGAGAAGCUCUCGAAUUGCCAGAUUUAGGUUCGGUAGACAUGACAGAUUUAAAAGCUUCCUUGCAGCAGUGUGUGGAAGAUCGACAGCUCUGCCCUUCCCUGGCCGGGUUCCAGUUUACUAAGUGGGACAGUGAAACGCAUAAUGAGUCUGUGUCGGCCCUGGUGGACAAGUUUAAGAAGAAUGAUCAAGUAUUUGACAUGAACGCUGAGGUUGAAGAUGAUGAUGGGGCCAUCCCUGAUGGGGCCCCCGUGGAAGACUUUGAUGACAAUGAUGAGCCCGACCCUUCUGCAGCUGGAGAUCAUGAAGAGUUCCAGAGCUGGAAGGAGUUCUGCCAGGUCCAGAGCAGCCAGGAAGAAAUUAUUUCCCUUGGCGACAGAGACAUCCAAACUAUGUGCUCUUUUUUAUCCACGAAACCUGGGGAAUACUCCUAUUUCAGUCCCCGGACCAUGAAGAUGUGGGCUGGUCCAGAUCACUGGCGCUUUCGGCCUCGACCCAAGCAAGAUUCUGCCUCCCACAUGGAGAACAAAAAGAAGAGUGGGAAGAAAGACUUUGAAAUUAAUUUUGAUGAUGAUAUUGAUUUUGAUGUGUAUUUUAAGAAAACAAAGACUGCUACUAUUCUGUCCAAGUCUACUUUGGAGAACCAGAAUUGGAAAGCCACCACUCUUCCCAUAGACUUCCAGUAUGAAAUUGAUAAUCUGGUCCAGCUUCAUCUCAAACCAGGCCUAAGGUUAUUUAAGAUGGGCCAGAACCAGAAGGCAAAGACGGAGCACUAUGAGGAAAUUGAAGACUAUGAUUACAACAACCCCAACGACACCUCCAACUUUUGCCCUGGACUUCAGGCUGCUGACAGUGAUUAUGAAGAGUUAGAUAAUUUAUCAGCAGGACCAGUUGGGACCCUUGAUUUCGAAUCUGACCCUUGCUCUAUGCCGAAGACAGCACAGGAGAACGGUCACAUUUCUGAAAGCCAAGGAAUAGAUAUCACAACUUAUGGAGAGUCGAACUUGGUGGCUGAGCCUCAGAAGGUGAAUAAAAUAGAAAUCCAUUAUGCCAAGACUGCCAAAAAGAUGGACAUGAAGAAGCUGAAGCAGAACAUGUGGAGUCUGUUGACAGAGUUUUCUACAAAGGAGGCUGUCACAGAGGCAAACCACAGUGAAAAUGGAAAAGAAGGGGCUCCUGAGGAAGUGGCUGACGAGAAGAAACUCAGUGGGCUCACAAAGGACCUGCAGAAGAGGCUGCCCCCGGUUAUGGCUCAGAACCUCUCCAUACCCCUGGCUUUUGCAUGUCUACUGCAUUUAGCCAAUGAAAAGAAUCUGAAGCUACAAGGCACAGAGGAUCUUUCUGAUGUUCUUGUGACGCAAGGAGACUGAGUCCACUUUGAGACACCUGCAGCAGGAGGCCCAUUGCUCUCUGGUGGCAGUGGAGAGGUGCUGGCGCUGAGUGUGCCUAUAGCCCACUACCACGGGACUGUUGCUCUCCCCCUCUUGCCACUUCUGUCUGGAUGACACACCGAAGCUCCGUGCUGAUGGAAGUUUUCACGUGGGUAACCAUCCGCCUUGAGGAGCUUAUUUAUCUGGAGUGUAAAGACAAUUUCUUCUUUAUAUCCUAGAAGAAUCAGUGUGCUUUCUACUUUGUAUUGUCAUGGAGAAUAGUUUCUCAGUAUUCUCUUACUGUCUUUAAAGAGUUUCCUGAUCCAUGUACAUAAAAUUAAUCAUUUGUAAACUUCUAAAUGUAUAUAAUACUCAGUAAUAAAACAUCCUGGCACA